AUGAUUUUGAUCUUCAUGAUCGUCGUAGCUCCAGCAAUGACCGCUGUGGGACAAGGGUCUUCAGAAUGCAAUCUCACUGAACCUGGACCCCAGACGUGUUUUGGAGUUUUAGGAGAACCACUCGUCUUUUACCUACCUACUAAUCCCCAUAUAAAGACAAGCUUGAAAAAGAGUACAGAAAACAUUUUAACCUUAAUAAUACAUUAUGAUACAUUAAUUAGUCUCAAUGAAAAAUACAAGAAUUGUACUACAGUCUCCACAAAUGGAACAUUUAAGCUCAACAAAGCAAUAAAAAAUGACUCUGGAGAGUACACGAUGGAAACACACAGUUCUACUGAAGGUGUGUUAUUGCACACAGUUAACAUCCAUCUACAUAUACUCGCUCCUGUGUCAGAACCAGCUGUUACGCAGAUGUGUUUAUCACCAAAACAGAUGACAGUCAGCUGUUUCUCUGAAGGAGAUCAAGUAGAGUUCAUUUUAUCUUUGGAUGAUAAGUUGUUAAUACAGACUACAGCCAACAGUAUAGAAAACCGCAACAUUUCAAAUGUUACCAUCAACUUACCUGGUCAACUGAUGGAAAGCCUGACAUGUGUUGCUCAAAAUAAUGUCAGCAGAAAACAAAAUAUCACCCACCUUACAAGCUGCACAGCUCCCGUGUCAAAACCAGCUGUAUCUCAGAUGUGUUUGUCACCAGAACAAAGGAAAGUCAGCUGCUCCUCUGAAGGAGAUGACGUAAUAUUUCUGACCACUGUGUUGUGA